GUGACAUCAUGGGCCAGAUGUUGGGUAAUACAAGUCAGGUUUUGUAAUCCGAAUUGCAAGUACAGACCUCAAGAAAGCAGUACAAUCUGUGGCCUGAAAGGUUUCUGGUUUGUGCGUAUGGAUGGUCUCCUUGCUCAGAUUUCAGUUCUGGGUCCUCAAUAUUUCUGCCAACUAUGACGCAGGAGACGAGGAAGCCCAGCCAAUGCUGGCCCUGGCAGGAACUAACAGUGACUCAGGGCACUAGCAAGACCUAUAGGAGUGUGGACCAUUCACAAACCCUCCUAAAUGGACUUAUGGGUCUCCGUGAUGGAGGAAUCUUGUUUGAUGUUGUCCUGCAGCUUGAAGGAAAAAGUGUUGAGGCUCAUCGUAUUCUUUUGGCUGCAUCUUGUGAUUAUUUCAGGGCGAUGUUUGCAGGAGGUCUGAGAGAGAUGGAACAGCAGGAAGUUCAGAUCCAUGGUAUUUCUUACAGUACUAUGUGCAGGAUCCUGGAUUUUAUAUAUACAUCUGAGAUUGAACUUAGUUUCCACAAUGUUCAAGAGACACUUGCUGCUGCUUGUCAGUUACAGAUAUCUGAGGUGAUCAAGUAUUGCUGCGACUUCCUCAUGUCCUGGGUAGAUGAAGAGAAUGUCUUAGAAUUGUACAAGCUGGCUGAUCUUUUUCACCUGAACGUUUUUAGUGAACAGCUUGACAAUUUUGUAUUGAAAAACUUCAUCACUUUUUCUCGCACCCAGAUGUACAGGCAACUACCACUGGACAAAAUAUUCUCUUUGCUCAGCAGCAACAAGCUUGAGGUGAUGUCUGAGAACGAGGUGUAUGAAGGGGCUCUUCUUUACCACUACACCCCAGAGCAGCUGGAAAAGGACCAGGUAAGCCUUCUGGAGUUUCCAAAGCUCCUGGAGACUGUGCGCUUCCCGCUGAUGGAGUUACCUGUACUGCAAAGACUUCAUGACAAGCUGGGGCCGUGUCCCCUGCAGAAGGUUGUGUCAAAUGCUCUGGACUAUCACAGAAAUGAAUUUAUGCAGCCAAUGCUGCAAAGCCCCCACACACAGCUGCGCUCUGACUUCCAGUGUGUGGUGGGCUUUGGGGGGAUGUUUUCUGCUCCCAAUACAGUUCUAAGUGAUCAGGCCAAGUACUUAAAUCCAUUGCGGGGUGACUGGAGGCCACUUACUUCACCACAGGUACCUCGCAUGUCCAAUCAAGGAAUUGUUGUGUUACAUAACUUUGUUUACUUGAUCGGAGGAGAUAACAACGUGAGGGGAUACAGGGCAGAGGGUCGAUGCUGGAGAUAUGAUCCCCGACACAACCGCUGGUUACAGAUCCAGUCCAUGCAGCAGCCACGUGCUGACCUUGCUGUGUGUAUCUUAGGGGGCUUUAUUUAUGCAGUGGCAGGGAGGGAUUAUUACAAUGAGCUGAAAGAUGUGGAAAGGUAUGAUCCAAGCACAGACACCUGGGAAUAUGUGGCACCACUACAGAAACAGGUACAUGCACAUGCUGCAACAGCUUUGGAUGGAAAGAUAUAUAUUACUUGUGGCAGAAAUGUAGUCUCUUACUUAAAAGACACCUGCUGCUAUGACAAACAGAAGGAUAAGUGGGAAUAUGUGGCUUCAGGUCCCAUACGGAGGGCGUGGCAUGGAAUGGUGGCGCUUCUGGGAAAAAUGUAUGUGAUUGGAGGAAGCAAUGAUGAUGAGGGCUUCCGUCAAGAUGUUUUAGAGGUGGCUUGUUAUAGUCCAAAUAAUGACCAGUGGUCUCUGGUAACCCCAAUUCCUAUAGGACAUGGAGAGCCUGGUAUUGCUGUACUGUCUAACAAAAUAUAUGUCCUGGGAGGCAGGUCACACAACCAAGGUGAUCGUACAGAAUUAGUUCAUGUGUAUGACGCUGAAAAAGACUGCUGGAAUGAUGGGCCACCUCUAGAAGUUGAUAUAUCUGGAAUGGCAGCCUGUGUCAUCACUCUCCCAAGAUCUGUUAUCUCAGAUCCUGAUUUAUGGACGCCUGAGACAUAUAUGGAUUACAAUGCUUCUGAAGUCUUGAGUUUGUCAGACUGGGAGGACUUGGAUAACUCAGAUGAAGACUGACAUCCCUCUUGAUGAUGUACAAACGUUUGGCCCUCCUAAUUUUUACAUCACAUAUUCAGGUGCUUGCAGGAGUUCGCUUUUGUUUCAUCCACUUCCAAAAAUGAUUGUUUUUUAAACAUUUAACAUUUUUCUUCUAUUAAAACUGUAAACUUCAAUUAACUAUUCUGCCUCAUUGUAAAUUGACCUGGAAAGUAUGAAAUCCAUGUGCAAUAUUAAAAAACAUGCCAAAUGGACAAAA